UAAAGAGUCCACAUGUAGUCAGAGCCUCAUUAGGGAGGGUGAAGAUGAGGCUGAAGAGGUAGCAUAGCUCCGUGCAGCUGCUCUGAGGACACAGGGACAUCAGUUUGGCUAUUGCAGGAACCCAGGUGAGAGCUGAUUAUGGCUCGGCCUGUGGUGUUGGUGGUGGAGACGGAGGAAAGGUACAACGGUAAUAACUGAGAGGUGGGGGGGGUGAGGAAGAUGAUCAAAGAUGACUUUCAGAUUUCUAGCUUGAGCAAGUACACUAGUUGUGCCAUUUUCUAAGAUGAGAAAGACUUGAGGAAGCGUAGGCUUUUGGGGAUUAAGAGCUAUAGUUUCAUUUUGGACAUACCAAAUUUAAAACUUUUGAGAUGUUCAAGUGAGUAAGUUAGGCUGGAUAUAUCAGUCUGGAACUUAGAAAAGAGGACUGAGCUGGGAUAUACUUUUGUGCAUUAUUAACAUAUAUUUAAUGUAAUCAGAAUGAAUACUGGGCUGGAAUAACAGUCCCAGGGCUGAGCCUUGAGACAUUAUAAUAUCUAGGGACUAGAGGAGAAGAAGCUGGAGAAUGAGUGCCUGGGAUGUGGGGGAAGCACCUACACAGUACGAUGCCAUAAAAUCUGAGAUCAGAGAAAAUGUCAGAAAGAAGAGUAUGGAAAACAGUGCAAUGCUGAGAGGCUGAGUAGAAUGGGGACUAAAAACAUCCCCUUAAUCCGGCAAUGUGGGUGCCGUUGCUGACCUGGGGAAGAACACAGUCAGUGCCGUGGUGGUGGCUGCAGAGCGUACAAGUGAUAAAGACAGGAUGUGUUUUGAGAAGUAUGACUUUGAAAACUAGAAGAGAAAUAGCAAUAGAGAUCUCGGGUUAAGAGAGGCUCUUUAAAAGAUGGGAGCUUUUAAACUAUGUUUGAAUGCUGAGGGUAAUGAUUCUGUGGAGAGGAGGAGGUUGAAGAGGUAAGAAAGGUGAUCAGUGACGGUGGAAAACUGGGAGGAGAAACAGACGCCAGGGCAGGGGAUCACCAGUGUGUUGGGGGAGGCCUCUGAUAGGAGGGGCCCUGCCGUGUUGCAGGAGGACUCUGAAUGCAGACGUAGCAAGCUUACACGUUGGUAGUGGGGUGGUGACGGAGCUGCAAUCUGUUAGUUUGUAUCUUAUAUUUCCUCCAUGAAAUAUCAGGCAAGCUUAUCGAUCCUACCAGAUGAGAAAGAGUGAGGUAUAAAGAGAGAGAAAAGAAGUUAAUUUUAGGAGCCUUCUUAAUCCUUUGUCUCUUUGGGCCAUCUGUUAAACUGAGUUCCUGAAAUCAAGAAUAAGGCUCCUAGAACCAUUUGCCUCUAUGAUCCCCAAACAUGAAAAUGACUUGAAAUUCUUUGGAGAUGGUAAAUAAAACAUUCAGUGAGAUCCUACUUGAGGUUCUUACCCUUUUAAUCAUCUCUGGUGGCCCUAGUUCACCUCCUCAGCUCUGCUGAUGUCAUGAAAACCAGCUUUGACCUCACAAACUGCCCCUUGAUGAUGCUGACAGCUGGACUACAAAUGUCCAGAUUUUUGUGCCAUUUCUUCACUUUCCUUGGUGCCAACCAUGCCCGCAUAUCAAGGCAGCAUUCUAUGAUCUCAUGGCUCACAGCUCUACAAAGCUCAACCUUAAGCCAACAAUGAUAAGGCAUCCACCAACAAUUGUUUGCUACAUUUGUGGUCGUGAAUAUGGAACAAAAUCUAUCAGGAUCCAUGAGCCACAAUGCCUGAAAAAAUGGCAUAAUGAAAACAACUUGUUGCCUAACGAGUUAAGGAGACCAGAACCUAAGAAACCAGAAGUCAGGACCAUAACUGCCAAAGGUUUCUAUGAUCUCGAUGCCUUAAACGAAGCUGCUUGGACAAGUGCCCAGAGCCAGUUGGUUCCCUGUAAUAUUUGUGGGCGUACCUUCCUGCCAGACAGACUGAUUGUUCAUCAACGGUCUUGUAAACCCAAAGCUGCCAAGUAAAGCCCUUUUCUCUCUA